UUUCCGUCCUUGCUCCGCCCCUCUCCACCAUUUCCACCCCUUUCCCUUCCUCCUUUUCUCCUUUCUCUUUCCUUCCUUCCCUCCCUCCUCCUUUACGCCUCUUCUUUUUCCUCCUCCUCUUCCUUUUCCCCUCCUCCCUUUCCCCUCCACUCCUUCCGGCCGGCUCAUCCGCCCCGAUCUCCCUCUGAAUUUCCGCAUCCGGCUCAUCGAGGCUCCACUUCCGGCGAAGAAGGGAAGGCAAGGGAAAGGGGCGGGGACAAGAUGGCGGCGCCUAUGAGGAUUCAGAGCGACUGGGCCAAAGCUCUCAGGAGGAACGAAGGAGAAGCCUGGCUGAGCUGUCACCCCCCAGGGAAACCGACUUUAUAUGGCAGAUUAAUUUGCCAGGGAGUUGACUCCAGUGGAAUCCCAGAUAUCACAGCUUCAGAAGGAUUUGUUGUGAAUGAAAUUACUAAGAAAAGCAUUCACAUUUCAUGUCCAAAAGAGAAUGCGUCUUCCAAAUUCUUGGCACCACAUACCACCUUUUCCAGAAUUCACACAAAGAGUAUAACAUGCCUGGACAUUUCUAGUGGAGGAGGCCUCGGAGUAUCCACCAGCACUGAUGGGACCAUGAAAAUCUGGCAGGCAGCUAAUGGAGAGCUCCGAAGAGUACUGGAAGGACAUGUAUUUGAUGUGAAUUGUUGCAGGUUUUUCCCAUCAGGCCUUGUGGUUCUGAGUGGGGGAAUGGAUGCACAGGUGAAGAUUUGGUCAGCAGAGGAUGCCAACUGCGUGGUGACCUUCAUUGGUCACAAAGGAGGUAUUUUGGAUACAGCUAUUGUUGAUCGAGGAAGAAACGUGAUUUCUAGCUCUCGAGAUGGGACUGCUCGGCUUUGGGAUUGUGGGCGAUCAGCCUGCCUAGGCAUCGUUGCAGAUUGCGGCUCUCCUGUGAAUGGCAUCGCCGUGGGUGCAGCUGACAACACGAUAAAUCUUGGCUCCCCUGUGAAAGCGCCCAGUGAACGGGAGAUUGGCACAGAAGGGAAGAUGCUGCUCUUGGCCCGGGAAGAUAAAAAGCUCCAGUGUGUGGGAUUAUGGAGCAGGCAGCCGGUGUUCCUCUUUGUUGGCUCAGAUGCCUUCAACUGCUGUACUUUUCUCUCUGGCUUUUCUCUGUUGGCGGGGACUCAAGAUGGGAACAUAUAUCAGUUGGAUGUAAGGAAUCCAAGGGCUCCAGUUCAGGUCAUUCGCCGAUCAGGAGCUCCAGUACUGUCUCUCUUAGCUUACCGAGAUGGAUUCGCUGCUAGCCAAGGUGAUGGGACCUGCUUCAUUAUGCAGCAGGACUUGGACUAUGUAAUUGAGUUGACUGAGGCUGACUGUGACCCUGUGUACAAGGUGUCCACAUGGGAGAAGCAGAUCUACACCUGCUGUCGAGAUGGUCUUGUGCGCCGAUAUCAGCUCUCUGACCUCUGAUAAUUCAAAGAGCCGAGUGAUUGGUCAGAAACCAGAAUCCUUCACCACCAGGGAGCUGAGACGUCACUGGCCUCAUUGGGAUCAUAGACCUUCUACGCUGGGCGCACACAGCAUGCUAGGGCUCUGUUCACAGGGCCAGAAAGACCCAAAUAUUGUCCUCCAUGUGACCUUUGGCUUGUUUCAGUCUACAAAGAGCCACUCGAAUCUGACCAAACAUGUAAUUUCUGUCAGCAUUAGCAUCCACUCCUCCUUUACCCUGCACCACAGCCAGCACAUCCCCCUUCCCUCAAUUCAACAGUUAAUGUGGCCCCAGGGAUGCAGAACUCUCUCUGCAGGACUUUGUUCACUAUGUGUGUGCAAUUCAGUUUUCUGAGACAUCAAGUCCAUUGAAUGUGCCUGUGGAACCAGAGAAUCAACGCCAGUCUUCCGUGAAGGAAAUAAAGGAGAAGCAUUUGAAGACAUCAGGAAAAAUCUUGUUUCAUGUUUUCCCACAAGAUCUGUUAUAUCUCUAAAUCUGAAAAACACAGUGGAUUUAGAUUUGUAGACUGAGGUCCCUGGGUUCCAACCCCGGAUGUUCUUAUUAGUUGUGUGGCUUUGGGCAGGAUUUUUCCUCUGUCUGGGCUGUACUUUCCUUAUCUGUAAAAUAAGGGCUUGGAUUAUAUGACCAAUCAAUCAAACACUAAGCAAUUAAGUUCCUUCUGCAUACAAGCAUGGCUAGGGACUAGGGAUACCCCCCAAAAAGAACCCAAUAAAACCAUUUUUAGACUCAAGGAGUUUA